UCUUUCUAAAAUCAGAAAGUGAGUAACUCUCUCACUCGAUGGAGAGAGCUUUUGACGUCAAAGAAGAAGCGCACGCUCGCGCUCGAGACGACCGACUAGCAAAACUAAACAAAGCGUUCAAUGAGUCGCGCGUAAAGUUGCUCGAACUACAAAAACUACCGGAAUUGGCGAGACUCUUCUCUUCUAGCAACACCGCCAUUGAUCACCCGAACGUGACGACCGGAGAGACAGCGAAAACAAGGGCAAACAACAGUGUGCGUCACACACGGAAGUGGUGUCAUCACUCUGAGGUAUUGCGCAAAGGCGCGUCGUCCGGUAAUCAGAGCGAAACGAACGAUAGUAGCACCACCAACAAACGUUCGUCGCAAUCUAUCGGGAACAGUAAGUGUGAAGCCGAUGAUGUGACCUCGACUGGUCAAGAAACUUUACAACAACAACAACAACGACGACGACGACCACAACAGCCUUCAGUCGCUGGAACUGAGAUGUCGACGGUGUCCGAUCAAGAGGCGUCUGUACGGUCUCUACGGAUCGUUCGCGUAGAAAGCAUUUGCCCGCAACAUCGAGUUGUGCAGACGCAGGCUCGACAGAACGGAUUUGCACUAAGCGAUUACGACAAAGCAAACAGGAUGUCACAAAUGCAACAACGUCUGUGUCCUAAUUUGGCUUCGUUUGUGUAUCAUUCCGGGAUCCAGCGGUACACGUACAAUCAGCAUUUUCGAUAUUGCGUGGAUUCGACUGCCACGUUUCGAAGAGAGACUCGCACUCAUCGCGUUUCUGAGCCUUCUUACAACGUGACGCGUGGCCAAUUCUGGUUCCCACUAACAACGAACGAACGACAACAUGCAAGUACAACCACCGCAGUAGGCCAGCGCAUAUGCUCACCACAACAGAAUCUAAGAGAUCAACAAAAUUUGUUAAAAAGAAGGUCGACGAUCGAAAGUUACAGUGACUCAUCUCGCUUGGCUAAGUCUAAGAAACCAAGGAUUGUUGCCUAGAGACCUGUUGUGACGUCAGGUCUAUACAAACCAUAGAUUUUGAUAUAAAUGACAUGACACUGCAUUGAGUUGAACAAAACUGUUGGUUUUGGUUUUGUAUCGUUUGAAUGAUACACAAAGAGUUUUAAUAUCGUGACUCUAGACUUUGAGGUUUGGAGUACCCCCGUUCUAUAAUUAUACUGUAGGUAUGGCAUUGCUGUAUCGUGAGGAUACAGUAAUAUAAGAAUACAUUGUGUUGAUG